AUGGCUUCCGCGAGGAACGACCCCGCGCGUCCGGAGGGGGCCAACUCGUCGAAGCAGGGUCAGGGCCAGGGACAGAGCCAGGGACAGAACCAAGGCCCUCCGGACGAGGCUAACAAAAAACCAUCUCAACCGCAUCCGUCGUUCAUACAGGUUGCUAAACCCUAUGUCUUUGAGCAGACCAUCCAGGAAUGCCUCGCCGCGACGGGUGUCGAUCCCCAGAGGGAGGACAGCAUCCGGAUCCAAGGCGUUACCUGGAUUGACAACGUGCGCAAGGCGCUCCAUUUACCCGUCCGUACGUACAACACGGCAUGCGUGUAUUUCCACAAAUUCAGGCUUGUCCAUGCGGACAACCACUACAACUACAUGGUUGGUAUUUGCUGUCAUUGUCCCGAUCAGGUGACUGACUGCCGACAGGAUGCUGCCGCCGCGGCCUUGUUCACGGCGUGCAAGAUCGAGGACACGCUGAAAAAGUCGCGCGAGAUUGUCUGUGCGGCGUACAAUCUCAAGCUGCCUCCAGCGGAGCAUCUGGCUCCGGACGAUUCGCUGUUCGACGCCCAUUCCAGAGGCAUCAUCAUCCUGGAAAGGCUGAUGCUGGAGGCGUCUGGCUUCGACUUUCGCAACCGCCAUCCCCAGAAACUGCUCGUCAAGCUGUGCAAGCGCUACGGCGUGCAGAGGGACGAUGAAGUCGGCCUCGUCGCUUACUGUGUCUCUCUCGACUUGUACCGCACGUUCGCGCCUCUCAAGCAGACCACGGCCACCAUGGCGUUUGCCUGUCUCGAGCUGGCUUCUCGGCUGGUCGGUGCUGGGCUGGACGAUGUCGAGUCUGGCAAAGACUACGAGAAUUGGAAGAUAGGCCGCGCAGAGGUCAUGGAAACGCUGCUCGACCUGCUGGACCUCUACACCAACCACCGCACCAACACGGCCGUCGGACCUGAAUUCCCUCUGGAGGCCUUCCUCACUAUCCGCAUCCCUCUCAACCAGGAGGCUGAAUCAAAGAACCUCCCACGAUAUACUUUCUGGAAGGAAAAAGAGAAAGAGAAAGAGAAAGACAACCUCUUCUCCAACGGAUCCAAGCAUCACCAUCACCACCACCAUAAAAACCCCACUCCCAAAGGCAAGGAGAAAGACGGCGGAGACAGAGACACCCGCCCCGCCAACCCCCUCACGCCCAUCUCUGCCAACGGCGAGAAACCCAACCUCAACGAGCGCGGCCGCGACGGCACCGUCCGCUUCAUGCUCGACCCGGACCGCGCCGAGGCGGAGAAGAGGGUCGUUUCGGAGUACUUUCGAGAGGAGGUGGAGGAGUAUGUUGUUGAUGAGGAGUAG